UAAUAGGUGUACUGAGUAUUCAGGGCACCGUUACCCACUUACCUUGAUUGAACGUGUUUUUUUCUUUUCCUCUCUAAAUUUCAACGGAAAAAAUCUCGCUCUUCAACUCCAAGAUAUUUCUGCCGCUUAAUCCAACCACGCGCCGCCACAGCGCGUCUUCUCUUUACUUCCGGUUCUACUUCCGAUCUGCAUCGCAACCGGAGAGGAGACCGUCGAAUAACACUCGGCGGAACUGGAAACCACCGCGAUGGCGGAGCCGCCGGGAAAUUCUCUCCCUUCGUCUGUGAAUUCUGCUGAAGUUCGUGCGGGGAUUGAGGAAGAGACUGUCGGUGAGAAUGGCGGUGGUGUAAAAGAAGUGGAGAGCAGAGAAUUUAGUGACGGUAAUAGAAUUGAAGUUGAAAGCGGAGAAGCUAGUGUAAAUUCACCAGGAACUUCUGGCAGGAGUGGCGUUAAGAUAAACACAUUGCCGAUGGAAAUAUCAAAUUCUGACAAAAUCGAAUCGAGUGCAGGACCUCUUAAGUUAGAAAGGUCGAGAACUGAGAGGCAUAGGCAUAAUAACAAUAACCUACUUUCUGAAGAUGCAGCACAAAUUUUUGAUGACAAACUUUCAGUUCAGCAAAAGAUUAAAUUGUUAAAUAGAAUAGCUACUUUGAAAGAUGAUGGAACCGUGGAAUUUGAAGUUCCAGGAGACGUGGAUUCUCUAUCACUUGCAUCUGGACCUGAACAUACUCACACUGAAGCUAGUGAUAGUGAGCCUCUUGAUGCAACUGACCUUCAAUAUAUACCACCGCUGCAAAUUGUAAUGCUUAUUGUUGGCACACGUGGAGAUGUUCAGCCAUUUAUUGCAAUAGGCAAACGUUUACAGGACUAUGGCCAUCGUGUUAGAUUAGCAACUCACUCAAAUUUCAAGGAGUUUGUCUUAACUGCUGGAUUGGAGUUUUACCCUUUAGGCGGUGACCCAAAAGUUCUUGCUGGUUAUAUGGUUAAAAAUAAAGGUUUCUUGCCAUCAGGACCAUCUGAGAUACCUGUACAACGAAAUCAAAUGAAGGAAAUUAUAUACUCUCUACUUCCAGCUUGUAAAGAACCCGAUAUGGAUUCUGGAAUUCCUUUCAAAGCAGAUGCAAUCAUUGCAAAUCCCCCAGCCUAUGGGCAUACACAUGUGGCUGAAGCACUAAAAAUACCGAUUCAUAUAUUUUUCACAAUGCCCUGGACGCCAACUAGUGAAUUUCCACAUCCUCUGUCCCGUGUCAAGCAACAAGCUGGAUAUAGACUGUCAUAUCAAAUUGUGGACUCUUUGAUUUGGCUGGGAAUACGGGACAUGAUUAAUGAUCUUCGCAAAAAGAAGCUGAAACUCCGUCCUGUCACAUAUUUAAGUGGCUCACAAGGGUCAUCAGAUUCAGACAUUCCUCAUGGAUAUAUAUGGAGUCCCCACCUGGUUCCUAAACCUAAAGAUUGGGGUCCAAAAGUAGAUGUAGUGGGUUUCUGUUUCCUGGAUCUUGCAUCAAAUUAUGAACCUCCAGAGGAACUUGUAAAAUGGCUUAAAGCUGGUCAAAAACCAAUUUAUAUUGGAUUUGGUAGCCUUCCUGUUCAAGAGCCAGAAAAAAUGACCCAGAUAAUUGUGGAUGCGCUUGAAAAAACUGGACAAAGAGGAAUCAUCAACAAAGGCUGGGGUGGCCUUGGAAACUUGGCUGAACCCAAAGAAUCAAUAUACUUGCUGGACAAUUGCCCACACGACUGGCUCUUUUUACAAUGCAAGGCUGUGGUGCAUCAUGGAGGUGCAGGAACAACGGCUGCUGGUCUAAAAGCGGCGUGUCCCACAACCAUUGUUCCUUUCUUUGGAGACCAACCUUUCUGGGGAGAACGAGUACACGCUAGAGAAGUAGGUCCUGCACCUAUUCCUGUUGACCAAUUUUCACUUCCAAAGUUGAUUGAUGCCAUAAAUUAUAUGAUUGAUGACAAGGUGAAAGAACGUGCUCUUGAGCUCGCCAAGGCCAUGGAGAACGAAGAUGGUGUGACAGGAGCAGUGAAAGCCUUCUUUAAGCAUCUUCCUCGCAAGAAGCCCGACCCAGAACCAGAAUUGGUGUCAUCAAGUUUUUUCUCUAUAAGUAAAUGUUUCGGUUGUGCCUAAAUCUCAAUUUCCCAAUCGACUGCCCUCGUUCAUUGGUUUUACCUGGUCGUAAUGGACCUCUUUUGAUACCCCAGAUAUAUUUAUAUAUAAAUAUAUAUAUUUUAUGUGUAGUGUUGUGCAUUAGGCUCUGAUUCCUACUUCCAUAACUUGUAAUUAUAUAUCUAUUUUUGUAGUCAAUAUUCAUUCAGAGAAAAGCAAAAGUUGGUUUUCUUUCCCCCCA